UUUUUAUAACCUAAAAACCCUAUUAACCCCUUCACUCUGUGUUUCUCUCACUACAUUUUCUCUCUCUACAUUUCAUUUCCAUCAUCUAAAAUGUCCACCAGCACCGAAGCCGAACACCACGAAGAGGAGGAAGUUCCCGCCGGUGACGACGAAGACACCGGAGCUCAAGUCGCUCCGAUCGUCAGACUCGAAGAAGUCGCUGUCAGCACUGGCGAAGAGGAUGAAGAAGCUAUUCUCGACCUCAAAGCGAAACUAUACCGUUUUGACAAGGAAGGGAAUCAGUGGAAGGAACGAGGAGCGGGAACUGUGAAAUUCCUCAAACACAAAGUUACCGGAAAAAUUAGGCUUCUCAUGAGACAAUCGAAGACUCUCAAGAUCUGCGCUAAUCAUCGUAUUCUGCCUACAAUGACUGUGCAAGAGCAUGCUGGGAACGAAAAAUCUUGCGUUUGGCAAGCGAGGGACUUUGCCGACGGUGAAUUGAAACACGAGUUUUUCUGCAUUCGGUUCCAAUCAAUCGAAAAUUGCAAAAAGUUCAUGGAAACAUUCGAAGAAAUUGCUGAAUCCCUAAAGAAAGAGGAAAACGAGGAUGCAUCUGCUGCUGCUGAUAUCCUUCAGAAUUUGAGUGUUGAAGGGAGUGCAGAUACUGAAAAGAAAGAUGAAGAGAAGAAGUCUGAGGACAACACUAAGGAGCAAGAAUCUGCACCAGAAAAAGAAAACAAGGAAGAUUCAGAGAAGAAAGUUGAAGAGCUUGGUUCAUCUGCUUGAUUAUGAUAUGUUCAUAUUUCCAACAAGGCAAUAUGACAAGCUUAGGUGGUUGACCUUUGUGCCACUCUUGUCAAUACUCUCUCAUAGUCCUACCCUUUAGAUUGUAUUGUUGCUACGUUAUUGAGUAGUCCAUAUCAUUUGUUGAGUUAUUGUCAACAAGGUUUCAGUCAGGUUUGAAUCAUUAAUAUUGGUGCUUUCAGGGUCUGGGAGUUUUCGUGUUAUUUUCAUUCUAUUCAUGUAUUUCUUGUCGAAAUUUGAAUGAGUCAUGUUGGUGUCGGGAAGGUUGGGUGCAGUCGGGAAAUAGUAAGUAUAAACAAAGAUUUUGAAUGCAAUUACAUUCUAUAGAUUCAAUUCACUGGUACAUAACCUGCUUUUCUACAAAA